GCUCGAUGCUUGGCCUGAACACUGACCUGCGUCAGCUCCAACUUUUACUUUCUACCAAACCACAACAGGGAGCUCCAAGUCUGUGUAACACAGUAACGACACAUACAGAGCAGUAUAAUCGACAGAACAGAGACGAUAGUAUUAUGAGAAUAUCAAAUUAAUUAUCUGACGAGUCAACAUUUGUUGUUGUAAUGGAAAGUACAUGACGAACAUGGCGGUAUAACGGUCACGUAGCCUACUUCGGUAGAAACUGAUACUAUGUUAUAGCCUAUGAGUAGUAGCCUAUGGUUUGCUUUGAAACAAGUACAAGUAACGACUGUGUACUUUUUGAGUAGCCUAUGUGUGUGACAUGCGCACACACAGCCAGCAGCAGCAGCAGCAGCGGCGACCCACCACCGUCCCGACACCGACACACUGUGAGGACGGAGACCGGCGGACGUAUCAACAGCCGCGGGGAUGUAAAUGAGACGGACUCGGGGCUCGGCGGGGACGGAGGGCUGUUGUCAGAGAAUGCCACAGCAAGCGAGCACGCCGUCUGCGUUAGCUCACGAUUGUACACAGUUAGCUCUAAAAUAUAUAGCGAGUAACGUUGAGUCGUGACUAUUGUUUAAUUAUAAGCAAGAGGAUCGUCCGGGCGGACUGCGUUGAAACAGCGUCUCUAGCCAGCAUGCCUCCUGCUCAGAGCCUUCAAUCCAGCGGACUGACCCUGUCUGAAACAAGCAUGGGUUCCUUUAAGAGGAGGAAGAGGAAAUCCAUAAUAGUGACAGUGUUGCUGCUCAUCGUAUCUGUGCUCAUCCUCAUCUUUGGCCUGGCAGCGACUACCAGGACGCAGAACAUCACAGUGGGUGGCUACUACCCAGGAGUCAUUCUGGGCUUUGGCUCUUUUCUGGGAAUUAUUGGCGCUCAUUUGAUAGAGAACAAGAGGCAGAUGUUAGUGGCAUCUAUUGUCUUCAUCAGUUUCGGAGUGGUGGCUGCCUUCUGCUGUGCUAUUGUUGAUGGAGUGUUUGCUUCCAGGCACAUUGACCUCAGGCCUCUGUAUGCUGGCCGCUGUGAGUAUCACUCCAGUGGGACUGAACGUGAUGUGCCCUGUCAGACAUCAUCGCGCACAUGUAACCUGCGUGUGAAGGGCAACACCUGUUACUGCUGCGACCUCUAUAACUGCGGGAAAGAACAUCCUCUUAUGGGACUUCAGAAUAAAGAUGUUUUGAAAAAGUUUAGGAAAUCAUCCAUGAUUUGGAAGGCUAGCCGUGUAGAGGUGAUUGGAGGCUACCAUGAAUACACAGAUGUGAAGAGCUGCGAGGACGUGGUGCACCUCUAUCACCUGUUGUGGUCCGCUACAAUCCUCAACAUCGUGGCUCUCUUUCUGGGCAUCAUUACUGCUGCGGUGCUGGGAGGCUUCAAAGACAUGACUCCCUCGGCUGUCUCAGAGAGCACAUCUGAACCGGAGACCAUCACAGCUCCAGUCCCCUCACAGCCUCCUCCACCCACCACCACCCUCAACUCAUAUUACAACACUGCCCCCUGCCUGCCACCUUACACUGCCUACGACUUGCAGGGCUCCUACAUGUUCCCGGACUCCUCCGGCCUGUCGGAUGACUCCCAGUCUGGAGCCAGCCACCUGUGGCCCACCAUGAUCCCUCCACGCUACUCUCCUCCUCACAACCAUCCUGAUGAGAAGCCCCCGCCGUACAGCCCGUAAAAUGGCUUAGAGCAAAGAAGGCACCUGAAACGUUACCGGGUGCUGAUUGGGUGGUUUGAAUGCACAAUUCCUCUGGGCUUUUCCUCACUAUCUUUGAGAACUGUGUUGAAGGAAAGGUGGCGAGGAAGAGGAUGGCCGCGGGGCACACUCCCUUUGAGUUCAGCCCAACACAAGGAGUGUUUGUCUCCCUGGGCACCACUCACUCUCAUGCCUACAGCGUGUGUGUGUGUGUGUGUGUGUGCAU